AUGAUAAACACGUGCGAACAUGUCAAUCAAUUAGCUUUUGGAAAAGCGUUUCCCCAGGUGCGGGACUUGGCACCAAAGGUGUGUGGCGUUGCGCAAUCCGGCUCACAUACACACUAUUGCGAAAUAGUGGCGAGAUCUGGUUCUAAAAGACUCAGUUGCUCCAUAGCAACUCCGCUUUUAGCGAAAGAUCAGUUGCUAUUAAUCAACACGACUGGCCCCUCUUCCUCUCACCUCGACAUGGUGAUGAUGCGCCAAGGAGACCCCUCGUAUCACUGCGUAGGAAGAAGCGAUAAUGCUGACAAGUUGCCAAUAGAUUCACGAGCUGGUCUCGAUCGAGGUCGUAACCUACAUAGACCUGCUGUUGUCAAGGACUACAAGGGACGAGCGUAUCACACGACAUCGAAAUGUCGGAUCUUAGGUCGAAAAGUCCGAUUUUACGCGAAAGAACAUUACUGCCCAAGCCGUGCCUUCCCUAUACUAUCGGCUCUUACAGCUGUCAUAGUUUGA